AUGAUUAAACAACAGCAACCACAACAACUUAAGGCACAAAGCACCCAAGUCCCUCAGACCAUUACAUACGCCAUAUAUGCAUAUAAUUCAAAGACGGCAGAACAAACACAAAGGUUGAAAUAUGGAGAUUUGGAGAUAGUAUUGAAAAAUGACCAUUUCGAAUUCGUUUGCAAAGGUGGUGCAGUGAUAUCAAAUAUAAAAGAAAUUUUAUUUAUGAAUUCAAAAAUUAAAGGUAUAACGGAUGAUAUAACAUCAAUUCCACCAGAAGAACAAAGAUAUUACGCAUUAAAUGCAUUUCCUAAAGUUUUGAAGAUUGGAAGAUUUAAUUUAAAUGAGGAAUUCAUAAAAGGUUUCCUUAAUGACAUAAUGAAGAAGGCAGAUAAGGAAUAUGUCAACGGUGAAUUAAUGAAGAAGGCAGAUAAGGAAUAUGUGGUUAGUGAGUUAGAGAAGAAGGCAGAUAAGGGACUUAUGGCUAGUGAGUUAAUGAAGAAGGCAGAUAAGGAAUAUGUGGAUGAAAAAGAUAAUGAAAUUAAAGAAAGGGUUGAAUGGUAUCAUGAAUGGACAUCAAAGAUUUUUAAAACUAAAGCUGAUACAGGAUGGGUUUCAGGAUGUUUAGACCUUAAAGCAGAUAAGGAAUAUGUCAACGGUGAGUUAGAGAAGAAGGCAGAUAAUGAAUAUGUCAACAGUGAGUUAGAGAAGAAGGUAGAUAAUGAAUAUGUCAACAAAAUAUACCAAAGUUUGAUAGGAACAACUGAAAAUAUUGAAACUAUUGUUGGUGACUUUUCUGUCUAUGAAGAAAAUAAAUAUUUUAGAUGGCAAUUGGUACACUCCUUAAGAAAUGGUACACGGUAUAAACUCAUUCCGAAAAAUAACAAUGAAAUGUAUGUAAGCUAUAUAAAGAAUGAUGGCACACAAGUUAAAGUUCCAUUAGACAACAACUGCUACUUAAACUUAUAUGGAGACGAACAAAAGAAAUAUUUAAGAGUUUAUGAAAUGACAGAUAUGACAUUGCCUGACCCAGCUCCAAUACCAUAUUAUUAUGACUAUGGAUAUGACGGCGGAGCACUACAUGCAGAUGAACAAAAGUUAACAUUAUAUUUAGAUUAUUAUAGAUAUAAAAGAUAUAAUGCAAUAGAAAAAACGAGAAUAGUAUAUUAUUAUAUAGAUGACAAAAAUAAAUAUUAUAGUCAAGACUUUACCUACCCUGAAAACAUAAGAUUAUAUUAUAAAAAAUAUUCUGACACAAACCAGAAGAAACCUGAAAUGGUUGCACUAUAUUUUAAGUUCAAAAGAGACAAUCCUAUAUUAUCUCAUAUGUUUGAUUUAAUGAACCCAGUAGGUUCUAUUUAUACAUCUAUGGAUGCAAGAGGUCCUCAAGUAAUGUUUGGUGUUGGUGCAUGGGAACAAAUAGUCGACAGGUUUUUGUAUUGUGCAAACUCUUCAAAGGAAAUGGGUGGAAGUAAAACGAUUACAGGUGAAAAUUUACCUGCACACAGUCACUACAUAGAUUUAAGCACAUCUCAAGCGGGUUGGCAUAAGCAUAGAUAUUGGGAUUGGUCAGGAAUGACAAAAGGUAAAGGAUAUGAUGUUAAAGACAACGUUAAGUUUGCCAUAAAUUGUUACUGGAGUGACACUCAGGGAGAAGGAAACCAUACACAUCACGUUUCAGGAUAUACACAAACAACAGGACAAAGUAAAGAAUACAUGCCACCAUUUAUGACUGUAUUCGCAUGGUAUAGAGUUCAAUGA